AUGCCCAACCUAACUAAUUCUGGCAGGCAAAUUGCGCGAUUGAAAAAAUGUCAAACUCUCACCGAAGAAGAAGUGAAACAUAUAUGUGAAAAAGCCCGUGAAGUCCUUGUCGAAGAGGGGAAUAUCCAAAAGGUUGAUGCACCUGUUACUAUCUGCGGUGAUAUUCAUGGACAGUUCCACGACCUCAUUGAGCUUUUCCGUGUAGGAGGCGAAUGCCCUGAUACCAGCUACUUGUUCUUAGGUGAUUUCGUUGAUCGUGGACUGUACUCUGUCGAAACAUUUCUGCUUCUUCUGGCGCUCAAAGUGCGGUAUCCUGAUAGGAUCACUCUCAUACGCGGUAACCACGAAUCGAGGCAGAUCACCCAAGUCUAUGGAUUCUAUGAUGAAUGUUCUCGGAAAUACGGUAGUGUCAAUGUGUGGCGUUACUGUUGCGAUGUAUUCGAUUACCUUGCCUUGGGCGCUAUUGUUGACAACCGCGUAUUCUGUAUCCAUGGUGGGCUGAGUCCCAGUAUAGUCACAGUGGACCAAAUCCGCUCGAUUGAUCGAAAGCAGGAAGUCCCGCAAGAUGGAGCGAUGUGUGAUCUACUUUGGUCGGAUCCUGAUGAAAUCACCGGUUGGGGUGUAUCACCGCGUGGUGCUGGGUUCCUAUUCGGAGGCGAUGUGGUCAAAAGCUUUGUGCACACCAAUGGUUUAGACUUUAUUGCGCGUGCACAUCAGCUUAUCUUGGAGGGUUAUAAGCAAAUGUUUGACUCGACUAUUGUAACAGUAUGGAGUGCCCCUAAUUAUUGCUACCGUUGCGGCAACGUCGCAAGCAUAUUGCAACUAGACGACGCACUAAAUCAAAAGUAUAAGACAUUUGAUUCACCACCGCAGGCUGUACAUGGCUUGCCUGCCAAACGUCCUCCCCCAGAUUACUUUUUGUAA